UUUGUUCUGGUCAUAAAUAUUCCAUCCACAUAAUUUCCAUAGUUUCCAAUAUUUCAAUCAUUUUAACAAAAAACACAUCAUUUUCGUGAAAAUCUUAGAAUUCAAAAAACAAAAGUACACUCUGAACAUGCAUUAGUUUCUCUCUAGGAUCCCACACAUGUUCUUGCAUUGAACCCAAGGUUCCCAAAGAAUUGGAGUUACAACAAAUUCCCGCCAUUUUUGUAUUUGAACUUAUUGUAGAAUUAGUUUUUUCCAUGGAGAGUGUUUUAGUUGAUUAUGGCCCUCAAAGAUCAUUUGAGAGUUCAUCCAGUGACAUGGAGAUGGAUUUUAACGACGUUUUCGGAGGUCCCCCGAGGCGAUUUUCAGUACAAGAAUCAAGAAGGAGCCACAGUUUCAAUGACCCAAUGGAGUCUGACGAAAAGCCAGUUUUUGGGGGAGAAAAUGCUAACAGAUCAAGGCGAAACCAAGGCGAUGAUUUCUAUGAUGAUAUAUUUAAAGUUGAUGAAUCUUAUAGUUCAAAUCCUAGUUCCAGAGUUUUAAGCCCUGUUCGACCUUUGUCACCAAAAGUUGAAGCUUUUGGUACUUCACUACCAGCUCAAUUCAGCCUUCCUGCCAAGUCAACGAAAGCAACAGAUCUUCCCACGUUUGCUUCGGGAAGUCAUAGUCCACACAAAAAAAACGAUGCUCCCACAUUUUAUCGACAAAGUCUAUUAUCACGUGAAGGUACUGUUAUUGGUGAUGAUUUAAGAUACAUGUCUGAAUCCGAUGAGUUGGGUAUAGGAGGGAAUCUGAAGAAGAACAUAGAAAGCAUGGAAGAUUCAAGUAAUGAAUAUCGAUUUCAUUUCUCCAUAUACAAGUGGGCAGGCAAAGGAGUUCCCGUACUCGUGCCACUGAAAGGAGGGAUGCAUUUCAAGUCUAAAGAGAAGAUUAAACUUGAAAGAUGUUCUAGCUUCAAUGGAAGGACAGAUAAUGAUGACGUGGAUGCCAGCUCUCCAUUAAGAGAAAAUACCAACUUCUCCAGGGAUGCGAAUUUUCACCCCUUCAGUACGAGAAGUAAGAACCUGGAGAGCAGUGACAGGGCAAAUGGUAUUGUUGGGGAAACUCUCGGCGCUGCAAAGUCAAAAUCCGUUCAAAGUGUUAAAGAUGACACUAUCUUAAGAACUAAAAGCGAAGUAGAAGAACCUCAAUUCAGACAGAAGACAGGUUUAGGUGACGGAAUCCAGAUAGAAAUUCCAAGUAACUUGGAAGAAACUACAAAGGAUGAGUUGAAGCCUUUUCGUGCAUUUUUGGUUAACAAGUCGGAGGAACAAGGCGGCGUUAUGGCACAAGAAACAGAAAGGAAGAGUAACACAGUCAAAGCUACGGAAGCAGCAAAAUCAAAUUUCAAAGUCAGUGAAGAAGUGAAGAAAAUUGUUGAUGAGGUUGAUAAAAUUUUGAAGAAAAGCUAUGUUGACGUCAGCGAUAACAUGCAAAAAAGAGACCCACAAGCUAAGAGAAAAGGGAAGAGAGGUCUUGAUAAAAAAACUGUAGUAGAUACUGGAGUAGACAAAGGCAGUCCACAAAUUUCACCGUUAAAACCAACCGAGAAUUCAACUAAAGCUGGAAUUAAAGGAAAGGUUCAGGACUUUGUAAAGAUGUUUAACCACGAGCUUCAUUCAACACCUCAAGAAGGUGAAAGUCGAAGUUCAAGCUUUAGAUGGAAAGCUAGCAGCAAUAGCGGAGUUGAAAGUGAAAAGAGUUUCAGCAUGCCAAAAGCAAAUGAGAAAGUUCAGUCGCACACGAUUGACAAGGCGCAAGAUGCAACCCCUACUGUAGACCAAAAUCUCAACAAGCAGGAGAAAACAACUAAAUAUUCCCAAACGAAAACACCGACUCCUCAGACUAAAGAUUAUUCAGAUCAAAAGGCUGCUCCAUCAACUAAUGAGUCAAAACGAGAUGAUCGAAACGCCUCAUUUGGAAGCAUGGAUGAUCUCUUUGGUGGAAAUUAUGUGGUGGAAGAAUUAUUUGAAGAUCCGGACAAAGCUUCACAAACUAAUGGCAAAUCUGAGGACACCCAAGCUUCAGAUGCUAAAAUUAAGCAAUGGUCACAAGGGAGGAAAGGAAAUAUUCGCUCAUUGCUCUCAACCAUACAAUUAGUUUUAUGGCCAGAGAGCGGAUGGAAGCCUGUGGCCUUAGUGGAUUUAAUUGAAGGAAAUCAAGUGAAAAGAGCAUAUCAGAGAGCGUUACUCUAUAUACAUCCGGAUAAGCUCCAACAAAAGGGUGCUGCUGCUCACCAGAAAUACAUCGCAGAAAAAGUUUUUGAUAUUCUGCAGGAAGCUUGGGAUCAAUUCAACUCAGUUGGUCUUAUUUAACAUUCACAAAUGCAAUGUGGUAUUCGAGGAGGCGCGGUUCACGAAAAUACUCUAUUCAUCUGUGUACAUACCAGGCAAAUAUUUCAUAUAUAUAUCCACUCCAUACAACAUACCAAAAUCUGGUUUUUUCUAUACUUUUAAAUAGAAGACAGACUUUCAUCAAAGUCCAUAUAUUCUUUUUUUCUACAGCACAGUUAUGAGUUAGUGAAAGUUGUUACAAAACUGUUUGUAGGCAGCAGGAAGCUAGCCUUAUUAUACAAAACUGCCCUUCCAUAUA